UACUCUCCAAUGACUACUAGGCAUGCGGCGGAGGUGUUCGGACCAGGCCCGGGUCUCGACCUCUUCUCUGGAAGAGGCUGGUUUCGAAAUUCCAGAAAACUUCUGGGGCAAUUAUGCAAAUUCUCAGAAAUACAUGGGCUAGGAGUAGGAAUCCAUUUCUCCAUUUUUUCCACGAAAAGGUUUUCAGUUCGCUCAUCAGCGGGAGAAAAUUUCCCGCCAUCCCCCCGCCACAAAGCCCUGCCUCCUCCCGUUCACGGCGGCGCCGUUGGCUACAGGAAGAGAGACCGAGAGAGGAUGGUGCGACCGGCAAAGAGCGGUUCAUCGAAAGCCCCGAAUCCGGAGCUCGAAGAACGGAGCCGCCUCAAGAGGCUCGCCUUCUCGAAGGGGAUGCUCUCGGAGUCGGCCCCCAAGCCGCAGGCCUCGCUCAGCCCUUCCAAGACGGUGCUCAAGCACCACGGCAAGGACAUCAUCAAGAAAACUCAGCGGAAGAACCGUUACCUCUUCUCCUUCCCUGGCCUUCUCGCUCCAAUCACCGGCGGCAAGAUCGGGGAGCUCAAGGACCUCGGCACCAAAAACCCCAUCCUCUACCUCGAUUUCCCUCAGGGUCAAAUUAAGCUUUUUGGCACCAUCAUCUACCCGAAGAAUCGGUAUUUGACCCUGCAAUUCUCUCGAGGUGGGAAGAAUGUGAUGUGCGAGGAUUAUUUUGAUAACAUGAUUGUAUUUUCCGAUGCAUGGUGGAUUGGGAGAAGAGAGGACAACCCACAAGAGGCCCGCCUUGAGUUUCCAAGAGAAAUGAUUGAGGGACUGCAUGCUGAACAUGAUUUCAGAGGAGGUGCUGCAGGAAGCUCUAUAGAUAAGCCAGUUACUAAUAAAUCUGGAGGAAAACAUGAAGCAAAAGAAUCCCCAGAAACUGAGCUCGAUGAAGAAGCAUCAGAUGAUGAUCGUAAAUUGAAGAAAUCAACAGAAGUGACCCCAGUGCGACAGUCAGAGAGAAAUACUGGCAAGAAAUUCAGUUAUAUAGAAUCUUCUCCUGAAGAAGAUUCUGUUGGAAGUGAUAUGGCUGCCGAUGUAAAGGAAAAGAUAUCUGUUGUUAGCGCUGAUGCUUCAGCUGAAAUAAAGGAUAGAAGUUCUAUUGUUGCAGUGGAUGAUACUGAUAGUACAGAUGACGUGAAAAGGACUGAAGAAAGUCGCAGGCAGAUCCUAUCAGCAACUAAGGACGAGUUUGAGGAGGCCUCUCCGAGUAAUCACGGUCCGUUAGUUCAGGCUACAAUCUCUGCGUUAUUUAAGAAAGCGGGAGAAAAGAAGGUACCGAAAGAUCUGAAGAUAACACCGCCUCCAAAAGUCUCUAAAAAGAAGUCAAGACAAACUGAUUUGAAGAGGAAGAUUGAGCAGGAUGAUGGACUUAAGAAGAAGAAAAGAGUUGUUAAAGGAAAAGGAGCUAGAGCUAAAACCACGAGAAAGGGAAAAGAGCUUGAGGUUGAAGAUGAUGAUAUCGAAGAAAUCUCGAGCUCAUCAGAGGGAUGAUCUCUCUUCAAUUUAGAUGUGGAAACGGAUGGAAGUGGAGAAGACUGGGCUGCUUGAUAUCAAAAAGUUUGCACAGAUGCUGAAGAGAUUCCCAGAAAGCUUAUCUCGGGGUAAAUCCGAAAUGCUGCUCCAUGCAGAUCCUGUAAUCCGUAUGCUCACGACUACCCCUGAAUUCACAGGGCUGAUUUGCUGGUUUAUUACAAAAAAAUUGUUUAGUUCUCUAUAUAUUUAUAUAUGUGGUGUUGGCAGAAUUUGUUCCCUAUUUGGAAUCGAGAGAAUCUGCCUUGACAAUG